CACCACGAGUUUGCCCCUGUCAUGUGUACCAUUCUGGGCAAGCAGCUGGGCAGAGCUUGAGGCUCGCAGGUCGUGGGCGGGCCGAUGCCGCGAGCGAAGAGGAAGAGCAGAGCGCCCCUGGCCUCGGCGCCCCAGGGCCGUGCCCAAGGCCGCCUGCGGGGCCUGCCGUCACCCGCGCUGUGCUGCGCCUGUGGUCUGUGCGUGCUGCUGGCCGGCCUGAACGUGACCCUGGUGGGAGCUUUCGCCGCCUUCCUGCCUGGGCACAACGUGCCGCUGGUGGUGGGGCCCGCGCUGCUCGUGCUGGCUCUCGGCUUCUUUGCUGCCUGCUGCGUGUGCAGCCGCCGGGGCCCCGCGCCCCGCACGCACUCCCCAGCCACCGCGGACCAAGGCGGCGGGCGUCCGGGGACAGUGGCCCUGGAGAUGGAGAGCAGCGAGCGCACGGCGCAGGACACGACGGCUGUGCAGCUCAGUCCAGCCGUCUCCGCCGCCGCCUCCUCCUCCGGCCGCUCCAGCCCCAGCCCCGGGCUCUUCGCCCUGGACCCUCCUGCACCUGCAACCACGGUCGGCUACUUGCCACGCACCGAAGGGACCCAACUCGACUUCCCCCAGGACCCGGCUGCCUCCUAGCGGGCCAGGAGAUGGGGGAGGGGGAAUAAGGCCAAGGACUGCGCACAAGUGGCCUCAUCUAGAACUUCCAAAAGGGAAGGCUGGGAAUUGGCUCUCACACCCCAAAGGGAGCGGAGCUUUGACCUCUUAGGUGGAGUCUCUGAGCUCUGCUUCGUCCUCCCCUCCUCCUCUUCACAUUGAUGAAACUAGACCCCGGAUCUGGAAACCUGCCCCUCCCCAUGGCAUUUAGGCACCAUGGAGAAAGCCUCAUCCAAUCUAGAGGAUCUAGUCAGGUCCUCGGGCUGGAGAGAGAGAUGAAGGUCGAGCUAGCUUUCUCAGGCCCUGUGCGCUGUGAUAGGCCACAGCCCUCCCGCCCAUUCUCCUUGUCUCUACCCCAGCAUGCCCCGUAGGUUUAACUGGGGAACAAAGGUUCUGACUUCAAGAUGGUCCCUGGGAUAAGCUGGAUGGAGCAUGCCGGUCCUUUUUGUCUGGCAAAGGUCAGGGGGGCUGAGGCUGGGGUCCUCAGAGGUGAGGAGGCUUUUCAAUCCUGAAGGUCCCCUGUGUGAUUUUUCACUGCCAGCAACACCCACCACCGUGACUGUGUCACACUGUGCAUUCCGGCCUUGUCUCACUCCUCAAUAAAACCCCUGUGAGUCAGCACUCUGAGGCAUGCAUGUGGGGGAGGGGCCGCCUGGGGGCCUCUGAUGAACACCUGGACCCUGCAUGGCAGCCUCUAGCUAAACAUUUCAGUAUCCUGGCGCCAGCCCUCCUUGGAGAUCUAGAAGGGGAUCCCAGGGGAGAGGAGCGUGUGACUGAGCAAGAUGGCCUCUUAGACUCUGUGUGUCUGGGAAUGUCCACGGGAGAAACGGUGCCAGGUGUGCAGCUGGGGUAGGAGCGACCAUGAGUGAGCUUCCUUGGCACCUAUAAAAGACAAGCGUUUAGAUGACUACUGACAUCACGUAUGUGUGGGCAAGCAAGAAGGGUAGCAGGUGAAAGUGUGGCCACACAGCACGGACGGACGGAAAGGAGCUCCAAGGGCCAUGCAAAGCCCAUGCGUUCUUCAGGGCUAGCUGGGCUAGUUUGGGCCCAGCCUGUGAUCAGACCAGCUGAAUGACGGCUACUGAUGUCGAUGUGAAGAGUGCCUUGCCAAGAAGGCCCAGGGAGCAGAAGACUGAGGGAAAGCUCUUUGACUCUGAGCCAUCCUCUCCUGAACUGACUGACGGUGGCCCAUGCUGGCCCACCAACCCUCGGCAGUGGUAGCGCCUUGCCCGUCACUCUGGGCUUACCAGCCCUCCUUCCUCUUUCC